UUGCCUGAGACAGGAAAAAAUAAGAAAGCAUAAGCACAACGCGAUGCAAGCCAUACCACUCAGAACGUACUGGGGGUUGUAUUCAUUUUUUCACCAUCUCGUCGUUGUUUUGAAAAAAAAAAGAAGGCGUAAUCAGUUUAAACCUUGUUUUAUGUGAAUUUCUGCACUUAUAUAUUUCUGAAAUAAAACCAUUAAAUUAUAUCUUCUUUGUGAAUACUCGCCCCAGGGAAGCUUGAUCUUUUCUGUGAAGCAUUGCAAACUGCUUUGUGUGACUGGCCGUCACGUUGCCAACGUGAAUGAGGCAGUUUGUGCAAUCCAUGCUUGAGUAUACAGAGCUAAAAACCUCAGAAGCUGUACUUUUAAGGAUUUUACAGUGGAGCUGCUGAAACCGUAGCAACUGCUUCUGAUCCUUCACAGGGGAAAAAAUCUGUUAUCGGUGCAAUGUUGUGGCCUUUGAAAAGUCCAACCGGAUGACGCUACGUUCAGCAACGGCACUACACUGAACUGGGACACCCAUUUCUGUGAAAAUGCAUAUCUGGAUAUUGAAAAUCAUCUUGUUGGCUGCUACAUCUCUAAAUGUUAUAGAGAUGUAUGAAAAUUAUGGAGAAAUUUGCCAAAAGCUCUGUUCUUGUGAAGAGAAAGAUGGAAUUUUAACAGUAAGCUGUGAAAACAGAGGAAUUGUCAGACUUUCAGAAAUAAGCCCAGUACAUUUUUCUAUGUAUCAUCUUCUGUUAACUGGAAAUCUUCUGAAACGACUUUCCCCAAAUGAUUUUAUCAAUUACACUGGGGUUACAAUUUUACAUUUAGGAAACAAUGAUAUUCAAGAAGUUGAAACUGGAGCUUUUAACGGACUCCAAGGAUUAAAGAGAUUGCAUCUGAACAAUAACAAAAUAGAAAUGAUAAGGGAUGAUACAUUUAUUGGGCUUGAAAGUUUGGAGUAUCUGCAGAUUGAUUACAAUUAUAUAACAAACAUUGAACCUAAUGCCUUGAGCAAAUUACACCACUUGCAGGUACUUAUUCUAAAUGACAACUUGUUGUCUAUUCUACCAGGUAACAUUUUUCGAUAUGUUCCAUUAACUCACCUUGACCUGAGGGGAAACAGACUUAAAAUGUUACCUUAUGUAGGUCUUUUGGAACACAUGGACAAAGUUGUGGAAUUACAACUUGAAGAAAAUCCUUGGAAUUGUUCUUGUGAGCUAAUUUCUUUGAAAGCUUGGCUGGAAAGCAUUUCUUAUUCAGCUUUAGUUGGGGAGGUUGUGUGUGAAACACCUUUCCGGCUUCAUGGUAGAGAUUUGGAUGAGGUUUCAAAACAGGAACUAUGCCCUAGAAGAGCAAUUUCUGAAUAUGAAAUGAGACCACAACCACCUUUGAGCACUAUUGGAUAUUUUCAUACCACACCGGCAGCUGUGACGGCUUCAGCUACAUCAUCAGCUGUUUUAAGAUCUUCUUCAAAGCCCACAAAGGGUACUCGCCAACCAAACAAACCAAGAGCAAGGCCUACAUCUCGCAUUCCUUCAAAUAAUGCAUACAAUUAUGGACCAAUAAUUGCUUAUCAGACCAAAUCCCCAGUGCCUUUGGAGUGUCCCACUGCCUGUACUUGUAAUUUACAAAUAUCUGAUCUAGGACUCAAUGUUAACUGCCAAGAAAGAAAGAUUGAAAACAUUGCUGAUUUAAAACCCAAACCAUACAAUCCCAAAAAGAUGUAUCUUACAGGAAAUUACAUUGCCAUGGUGAAUAGAUCUGAUUUCACUGAUGCUACUGGAUUAGAUUUACUUCACCUUGGAAACAACCGGAUAGCUAUCAUACAUGACAAAGCCUUUGGAGAUUUAAAAAACUUGCGUAGGCUUUACCUGAAUGGUAAUUUAAUUCAGCGUCUCACAGCAGAAAUGUUUUAUGGGCUACAGAGCCUACAAUAUUUGUAUUUAGAAUACAAUGUGAUAAGAGACAUUGUAUCAGGUACCUUUCAGUAUGUACCAAAUCUCCGUCUUCUUUUUCUCAAUAACAACCUUCUGAAAACUUUACCUGGAGGCAUAUUUGCAGGCCUGACUUUAAAAAGACUUAGCCUUCGAAGCAACCAUUUCCACAAUUUACCAGUAAGUGGUGUGUUAGAUCAGCUCACAUCAUUAGUUCAAAUUGAUUUGCAUGAAAACCCUUGGGAUUGCACUUGUGAUAUAAUUGGAAUGAAGAUCUGGCUGGAGCAGCUUAAUACUGGUGCUGUUGUCAAUGAUGUGAUCUGUGGGUCUCCAAAGAAAAUGUCUGGUGAGGAUAUUCGGUCCAUUUCAUCUGAUCUUCUUUGUCCGGAUUACUCUGACAUAAUUGUUUCUACUCCUCCACCUUCUGAAGAACCACUUUCAGAAAGAGCCACCACUAUAGAAACAUCAAUUAAAUAUAAUACACCAUCAAGCUCAGUACCUUUGUCUGUUCUAAUUCUGAGCCUUCUGCUAGUGUUCAUAAUGUCUGUUUUUGUAGCUGCUGGGUUGUUUGUGGUUGUAAUGAAAAGAAGAAAAAAGUCUCAAAAUGACCGAACCAGCACUAAUAACUCAGAUGUGAGUUCUUUUAACCUGCAGUAUAGCCUUUAUAGUAACAGAUCAGUUCCCAAAGUAAAAACCCCUGCUGGGCAUGUGUAUGAGUAUAUCCCACAUCCACUGGGUCACAUGUGCAAAAACCCAAUUUACAGAUCAAGAGAAGGGAAUUCAGUUGAGGAUUACAGAGACCUGCAUGAGCUAAAAGUUACAUAUAGAAAUAAUAUUGAUGAAGAAAGAGACAGUCAUUUAAGAAGUCCAACAUAUAGUGUGAGUACAAUAGAACCAAGAGAAGAAUCAUCACCAGUACAAAAUGCAGAGCAUUUCUACAGAGGUAUUCUAGAAGCAGACAAACAGUCACCUUCUGGGAACAAUAUUGAUUACAAGUAUAGUGGCCCAGCUGCAUAUACAUAUACACCAAACUACGAUUUAAGACGUCAAUUUUUGCAUCCUGAAAGGAUAAGAGAGACUGUGCUGUACAGUACAACACCAAGUACUGUAUAUGUUGAGCCCAACAGAAAUGAAUAUUUGGAACUCAAAGCUAAACUUCAAGCUGAGCCGGACUACCUCGAAGUUCUUGAGAAACAGACAACCUUCAGCCAGUUUUGAAUUACAGAUUUGUCUAUACAGUAUAUAAAGCAUUUUUUCUCCUUAAAUUAUGAUUUCAAAUGGGGGUUAAAGUGCCUUGGCACAACAAUAACCACCUUCAAAGACUACCAGUAUAUGGGGUGUGCUGGACUGUGUUUUUUUUUAAAUACAUAAUGUUACAGAACUUAAUGUUUUCUUAACUGACAAAUAGGUAAAUUGAUCGUAACUCAUCAAUGGACAAUUUCAAUUAUAUAUUUUUUUAUGUUUAAGAUUAAGUUCACAUUAACAGAAAUGUAAAGGUAAUUUUAUCCAAGAACAUUUUAAGGAAUAUUAUCUUACAUAUAUUGUGAUUCACUGAUGUUUACUGCUCACCACCUAAUCAAAAAAAUAUAAACGGUGCAUUGUUUGCACGAGGCAUUUCUUCUCUAUUCCUUCAAUAACAAAGGAUGCUAAGUCUGUAAGUAUAAAUUUAAGGGUAUACUUUUGUGAAAUCUUCCAUUUACUAUUGAAAUUAAUUAUUAAAUGAUAUUACUUGGUUUAUAUUUUAUAAUCCUAAAUUAAAGGUUUUGUUUCUAGUACAGGAUUAUUUAGCUAGCAAAGCCAAAGUGGCUUCAUUAAAAGUUGGCACACCCCAAUGUCAACACAAGGCUCCAUUUUAAAAAUGUGUCUUUGUGUGCUUUCUGCACUUUUUGAAAUAGGAGACUCAAAAGUCUUCAGAGUUCUAUCUCAGACAAAUCAUAAGGAGUUUAUAUAAUAUAUAUAUACAUAUAUAAAGCUUCAUAAACAAUAAAAGUAAUAAUUAACUUGUGUAAUACUGAUAUUUUAACGUAGCACCUAUUUUUAUACAAGCAUCCUCAAUUCUCUUACCUUCACUUUUUUUUCUUUGAUUGCUUUACACAUAUUGCACUGUAUGACCAAAAUGCAUAUACAGUAUGUAAACAGUAUGGGCGAUGUUAGGUUUCUGUAAAUAUAGAAGGGGAAAUAAACAUAGCCUGUUAUUGCAGACAGAGCCAUUUUACCAGAGGCAGCUAAAAUGGAAGAAACAUGGGAAUAAGGGAUUUAGAAAAUCUGUUUUAUUCUACUGAUUUGUGAUUGCUCAUCCACAACAAUUUGUAUUUGAUGUUACUAGUGAUUUGGAAAGAAAAAAAGUUGCAACUGUACAAUUCAGUAGUUCAUUAUGAGCCACAACUGACUCAGUAUCCACACACAACAGGGAGUGAGGGUUCAGAAAUGAAGAUGUACGAAAGUAUUGGUGUAACAUCUGGCUACAAAUGGUAAAUGUAUUUCAGCACAUGUAUUUUUUAAUAAUUUACCAAUAAUAAAUAAAUACAUUUUAAAAUAA